AUGUCUCCAGAACACGACAACGACCUCUUCGGCGACGAGAUCGACUACGAGAAGUACUGGCGUGACCUAUACCACCAAUCACGACGAUCGUUUGAAGACCUGAUCUCUUUCUCCGACGGCUGGAUCCAUCGACUGUGCGCAGAAAACGACAAUCUGCAAAGACAACUUCUUCAAGCACAAAAGGAGAUCGCCGCACUCAAGAAGACGAGCACACCGCAACAGACAGCAUCGGCAGAGACGACACCACCGCGCGAGACGAACGAGCAGAGAGCCACCGAGAGCCCUGACGACCAACCAUCUGCAGGCGACAAAUGCAAUGGCGAUACACCUCCCGCUCCUCAAACACCACUCCAGCCGCCCAAGCCGCCCCAAGCCAACACGAAUCCCUUCGGCAGAAAACCCGGCUCGGACAACUGGGCGGAGACAUUCAAGGAGGCGGGAUGUGAGAAGCGCAAACGCGACGACGCUCCACCAGAGGAGGGCGGCGCUCCCUCGCCAAAGCGCUCUGCUGCCUCCGCCACUCCGCCCAGCUCACCACCACCUCGCAGCACCCGCUCUGGCGCCUUCGACGCGUCCAAAUUUUUCGACAAAGACGCCGACACCAGAAGAGNAGAAAGCGCGAGCCGAAGAUGGCCGCGCCUGGCGCGAGAAGCGAGACCGCCGCCACCGCCAGCAGUCCUUUCCGCCGCCACCACCUCCUCCACGCCAGCAGACCUCCCGCCCCUCCCCAACGGCCGCAAAUUCGCCAUUGAGAGGUGGCCCGCCCGCUUUCUCCCGGCUGGGCAUCUUCACCACACAAGCCCUCGCCUGGCACGAGACCGUCUCCUCCUCCCUCUCCCAGAGAGACAACUUCCCGGCCCCGCCCGCCUUCCCUCGCUCCGCCUUCGGCCUCACGACGUUGUACACACCCAACGAGGGGCUCGUUUGCUCCAAUGCGGGCUGCAAAGCCAACAAGAGCGCGGCGGGCGAGGGCGUAUGUGAGUGCAGCAUACGCAAGGCGGUCUCAAUUUCGCUGGGUCGGGAGGUCUCAGAGAAAAAGGCGGCUUUGAAGGCACUGCGGGUGGCGGUGCACCCAGAUCGGUGGGUGGGCAGAGGCGAGGAGAUGGCGAGAGAGGUGUUUGUGGUGGUGGACGGCAUGUACGAGGGGGCGAGGUGA